GCACUUCCGCCUCAGCUCCGGCAUGGCACUACGCAUGCUGCUGCUGCUGCUGCUCCUCUGGUGUAGCAACCCUGGUUCCGCUGAAAACUCCAGCCUGCCGGGCCCACCUUAUAACCACACAAACGGGAGGCUCCCGGACAGGGACACGGGCUCCGCGGUGCUCCGCUUGUUCUACGUAAUCACUGGGCUCUGCGGCCUGAUCUCGCUUUACUUCCUCAUCCGGGCUUUUAGACUCAAGAAGUCACAGCGAAGGAGGUAUGGGCUCCUGACCAACACGGAGGAGCAUGAAGAGAUGGCCUCUCAGGACAGCGAGGAAGAGACUGUCUUUGAAACCAGGAAUCUGAGAUGAUGUUGAGAUGGAGAUGACAGGCUGCAAGGACAAGAGAAAACAUGUAGUUCUGUGAGCUCUGAUGUCAACCUUCCUGGACAGAGCCUGCACAGGCCCUAGGGGGCAGCAUAGAGACCUCAUUGAGACUAGCCCACAGACUGGAGGGCCCCAAGGCCAGGCUGAUGUGGGCUGCUCCGUCAGCCUGCCUCCUGUAAGGGACAAGAGCAUCCUCUGAUAAGGUGUGAUGGAGCAGGGGGCCUGAGGAUCUCUGUGCGCCUUCCUGCUGCUUUGGCAACAAUAAAUGAAGAGUGGCUUUGUAGCUU